AUGGAGGAGGAUCAACGUGAUGAGUUUUACCUGGUGAAGGGGGCAGGCAUUACCGUGGAGAAAAGUUCCUCUGAGGAUGCUGACAACCUCUACAGGAAAAGAAGGGUUUGGAUAAAGAGAGCAGUGAGCAUGGAGGUAAGGAAACUAAGGCACAGAGCUGUCAAGGCUCUUGGCCAAGGCGUCUCUGCUGGAUCCGGAGACUUGAAUGAUUUCGAUCUGAGGGAUGCAUUGAAAGAAACUGCCUCAGUAAAGCAGAAAUGGGACUACACCACCACCACAACCAAGAGGCCGGGAACGACCAGAGCUCCGGCAAAGCCUGCAGGGAGUGAUUUUGACUUGUCUGAUGCCUGGGAUAAUCCAAAUGACCGAUUUGAUGGCCACAGGAAACCGAGUGCCAGAGGAGGAGAGAAAUGGGACUACACCACCACCACAACCAAGAGGCCGGGAACGACCAGAGCUCCGGCAAAGCCUGCAGGGAAUGAUUUUGACUUGGCAGAUGCCUUGGAUGAUCGAAAUGACCAACACGAUGGCCGCAGGAAACCGAGUGCCGGAGGAGGAGGUUUUUCAGACAAGGAUCUCGAAGACGUAUUGGGUGGUGACUACAAACCUGACAAGGGUAGAGGUGAUGGUCGCUAUGGCAACAACGACGACUCUGAAGCCGGAAUGUCUCCAGAGACCGGCACCAUUGCCGGCGUGGCCAGCGCCCUGGCCAUGGCCCUGAUCGGCGCCGUGUCCAGCUACAUCUCUUACCAGCAGAAGAAGUUUUGCUUCCGCAUUCAACAGGGUCUCAAUGCAGACUACGUGAAAGGGGAGAACCUGGAAGCCGUCGUGUGUGAGGAGCCCCAAGUGAAAUACUCAGCACUGCCGCCGCAGUCCGCAGAGCCACCGCAGCCCCAGCCACCCCGGAUCUGAGGGCCCCGUGCAGCAGCAGGUGCACAGUCGCGCCACCACUGGGGACCCAGCUCCUUAUUUCAUUUGGACCCACAGCCGCUGUACCGCUCCUUUGAUGUCACUGGCUUUUCGUUCUAAUUUCUGGAUGAGCUCUGGGUGUGAGUUAGGUUUCUGCGCCCUGCACACAGGGUGGAGGUGACCACCCUGUCACAGGUGCUCUGGAGACUUGGUGUUGAAAUCCAGCCUCAGGAGCUGCUGGGUCACCAAUUCCCCAGAGCCAGCCUAGCCUGUUCCAGGCCUUUGUGAACUGGGGAGGAGGACGCCGAGCUGGGGGAGGGCAAGAGGAUGCUUCCUUUUAGGGGACGAGUUUGACCACAGGGUAGUGUGAUCCUAGAGGAGUGGCAUUGACUCGCUGGUAGGUUUCUGCCAAUAGGUAACACUUGGUGUGACCUCAGCUGUCAGGUGGCCCGGCUAGCACCUGGUGCUUGGAACCCCUGCAAAAGAGCCAACAGCUGAGCCCUGGCUAACACCAGGCACACAUACAGGACACCGGGGUGGGGUAGGGUUGGGGGGCGUCAUUUUGGUCCUUCUUUCUGGUUACAGCUUUGACACUGCUGGGCUUCUAGAGAGCUGGCCCACGUGGAGGCUUUUUAUUUAUUUAAGUGCAAAUAUGCAUGCCGUGAUAGUCCUCCCCGGGGAGUUCAGGAAUCUUCUGCAUAAGUGGGAACCUGUGGCUCAGGUCUAAUUCCCAUCUGAUUCCAUAGGGGAUUGGAUGUGUUUUCCAGGCUGAUGUGAUUAGUCUGUAGGAAUCAUUUAUGCAUUGGAAAUGCAUUUUAUCCUGGGCGGGGGCGGGGGAGGGUGUUCACUCUCCACCCCGUUUGUGUUCUUAUUUUGGUAGCAAAAGCUACAGACAUCAAGAAUGAGCAUCAAAGCCAAAAGCAUGCUUGUCGUUGGCACAGACGUGUAUUUGAGGGGGCGGAGGGGAGGGUUGCUUGCUUGGUUUAGUGAUGUACACCUGACUUGUAAGUUUGUAGGUACCCUGCCUGGCCUGUUCAUGAGUGCUGGGGGUCUGCUCAGCAUGGUAAACACCAGACCUUGGGGACUAGCCCCCCACCUGGACUGGUGCUGUAUGCUUUGGGCUGGAGCACAGCUGGCUUCCUGGAAUGUUCUCUUUGGCCAACAUGUGGUCCUGUCCUGGGAGCUCUGCUGUCAGGCUGAACUAGAACCACCAUCUACUGAUAAUCAGUUUGCAGUGUCAAAAAGCACUUCUGAAAGCGUAAUAGGUCAGCAGAAAGGUAGGGUCCUAUUUAUGUUUGUUCUCGUGCUCCUUUGACCUGCAUGGGCGGCCCCUGGCAUCCCACAGGCCAUGCGUUAACUCCUCAUCUGCUGAACUGGGGUGAGGCAACUCCAACUUGAAGGAAUCUGAACAGACCCUGCAGGUUAUGUAACGCAUGCCUCAUGCGUUCAUUUUAGCCCUUGUUUUAAAAAUAUACGACUCAUUGCAGGACGGGGAUGAGUCGUAGUGCGUGGGUCAGUGCUACUGUUUGGACCCAUUCCUGGCGCAGGCCUGCGGGCCCGAAAACCCCCCCUCCCCUGCACGGGGGCACACCAGACAGGCCAGGAGUGUGCGAGGGGGUGGGGAGCACUGAGGACACACAUGCAUGCGUUGCAGAGGGAAGAAAAUGUGGCCUUCCGUGCUCCAGGAGAUUGAGCAGGAGAGGCAUUGCUUGCAAGCUGCGCCUGUUUGUAGCGCCUCCCUCUCCUCAGUGGCCAGGCUGUCAGCUUUGCCAGGCUUGUUCCUCCCAAGGAUGGCAAUGGUUGGUGGCCUCAACCCCUGUCUGUUUCUGGGCUGCAGGCAGCUAUGAUGGAUUUUUGCAUCCAUGGCCUUUUGCUGUGUACAUGGGGUGACCUCAGGGCCUGGGGAGGGCCAGUGUGCUAAGGAACAGGAGUCGGAGAGGGAUCGCGUUAAGGUGGCUGCGCAUCAAGGUCCCUGAGGCAUUUUAAAUGAAGAGAAAUGGCAGCGCUUGUGUGUGGCAAGAUGCUUGUCUCCCUGCCACCGGGAAGUAUGGACAUUUACAGAGCUGUCAGUCAUGGCAAGGAGUAGGAUGAGGACUGAUGGGACCCAUGUGUACCCUGCCAUGACCAGGCGUGGUGUUGGCACUAGGGUUGUUGGGCUUUUCCACUGGGAGGCUGGAAAUCGGGCACCUACCCCCCCACCCCUGGUUUUUCCUCUUAGCUUUAGUGUGAAGCUAGUGAUGGCAAAGAGCCUGCAGUCCUCCAGUUGUGAUGAGGAGUCAACAUACUCCGCGGGGCGAAGCCACCUCCUUAGCAUCAUUGACUUUGGUGAUUUUUGCUCCCCCCUAGCUAUCGGGGUGCUUUCUGCAGAAUGCCCACAGCCCAGUGCCCAGACCUGCUCCUAGUGACUGGCCAUGCCUGGAAGGUCACUCAGCAGCUGCCGUUUGCAGAGCUCUUGUCCCGGGGGGACACUGAUGCCUGCAG